AUGGAAAACUACUUUCGCCUGGCGGAGCAGUUCCGGACUCAGGAGGAGGUGACGUUCUGCGGGCUGUCGACUCUCACCAUGGUUCUGAACGCUCUUGCCGUGGACCCUGGUCGAGUCUGGAAAGGCCCUUGGCGGUGGUACCACGAGUCAAUGCUCGACUGCUGUGCCCCCCUGGAGACGGUGAAGGACCAGGGGAUAACGCUGUCUACAAUGGCCUGCCUCGCUCGGUGCAAUGGCCUCGCCGUGGACGUGGCUCGGACGGACACACACACCCUCGAAGAUCUCCGAGCGGUCAUCGAGGAGUGCAGCUCAGCGGAUGCGGGGAGGGUGGUGGUGGUUUCGUACGACCGGCGGGGGCUGAAGCAGACAGGCUCGGGACACUUCAGUCCCAUCGGCGGCUAUCACAAGGAGAAAGACCUCGUGCUCAUCAUGGACACCGCCCGCUUCAAGCUUCCCCCUCACUGGGCACCGCUGCCGAUACUGUGGGAAGCGAUGCAGCGGGUGGAUCCCGACACCGGGAGGCCGAGAGGCUACAUGGUGCUCGAGAAGGCGCACAGCCUGUCGCACCGUCUCUUCUACGCCAACGCGAGAAACUACAAGGACUGGCCCAAGGUUGCAUCGUGGGUGAACGAGAUGAUCGAGCUUGCCUGUGGUGAGCCGAAAGAGGAGAACGAUGACCUGUCGGGCCUUGCCGGCGGCGACGACGACAAUGCAUCCAAAUGCCCCGCCGCUGCCGCUGCCGCCGCCGACGUGCACGAGUCUCGGAGGGCUCUCCGACACGCGACGACCGUGGCGGAGUUCGUGCCGGCCCUGAUGACCCUCCUGCCCCCGGAGGUGAAGGGCCUCCUCACGACCUUCGACGCACCCGAACACGCGUCGACGUCACUGGAGGUGGAGGACCUGCUCUCCACCACGACGCCGGCGCCGCCCUUCAACGCCACCGAGUACGCGUCCGGCAAGGCCCAAGACGUGCUUGUCCUGCAGGCGAUACAGGGCACCGACAUAUACCGAGAAGUGACCAACGUCGAGCGUAACCCCCGCAGCAGCGACAAGCUCAAGCUACAGCAGGAUGAGAACCAGGCCGCGGCCGCCGCCGCCGCCUCGUCCUCUCCCUGUUGUGCCCCGACCCUCCCUUUGCCGGCGGCGGCGCCGCUGCCGCCGUCGCCUCCGGCUGUCCUCUCGCCGGCGUCCGGCGCGCUGUCGUCGGCCUACUCGUUCUGCCCGAAGAAGUCAGGCUGCGGGUGCUCCUGGCGACACGAGGUGUCCAUCGUGGCGUACGCGUUGCUGCUGCUCUUGCACAAACGGGACGAUCACGGCGAGGUCUGCGGCGGCGGCGGCGGCGGCGUUUCGGGGGCGGGGGCAGGGGGGGACAUCCGACCGCCCCCGCUCUGGCGCAAGGACCCCCUUCACCAGCUGCCCGCGACGGUUGCCAUACAGGCCAAGCACGUGGCGGGGAUGCUCGUGGGGCUGGUGGAGCUAGAGGAGUGCGAGAAGUGCAAGGCGCGGUGA